AUGAGAAGAACACUGAUGGAGCCAAAAACAUCACAACUCCCUCAUAAGCCAGUUGAAGAUGAGACACCACUCUACAACCAAGAAUUUCUCGACUUCCUUUCUGGCUUGCCAAAGGAGAGAGUUAUCGAGAAAUUCGAAUCAUAUCAGUACCAAGGAUUUUGGUAUAAUCCUCCACUUCUGCAUGGUAUUUUUAACAUGCAGAAGCAUUUUCAGCCCUGCGAAAAUGAUAUCUUCCUUGUUACUGCCCCUAAAUCAGGCACCACCUGGUUGAAAGCUAUGAUUUAUGCAUUAAUGAACCGCAAAGCUUACCCUCCUCAGAGUCCUCAUCAUCCUUUGCUUAACAACACUCCCCAUCAGCUUGUUCCUUUUCUGGAAUUUAUCAAUCCCUCUAAAUAUGGCUCGGUCUGCAACUCACCGGAUAGAACCACUAGGAUCCUCGCAACUCACUGUCCGCUGAUCAGCCUCCCGAAAUCCAUUACUGAUGAUGCUAGCCCCUGCAAAAUUGUUUACCUCUGCAGGGACGUCAAGGACAACUUUGUUUCACUUUUUCACUUUGCUCAAAAGAACCAAUGGCACAUUUCAUUAGAGGAUUCCUUUGAAUUGUACUGCAAAGGGUUCAGUGGAGCCGGACCCGUUUGGGAUCAAAUCUCGGGAUAUUGGAAGGAGAGCUUGGACAGGCCACAUAAGGUGUUAUUCAUGAGGUACGAAGAGAUGCAAAAUGAGCCUCAGUUUCAGCUCAAGCGACUUGCUCAUUUUCUUGGGAAACCAAUUUCUGAAGAGGAUGAAAAAUCAGGUGUAGUUGAUCAAAUUAUAAAUUUGUGUAGUUUCGAUACCCAGAGUAGGCUAAAGGUUAAUAACACAGGGGAUUUGGUGUGCGGUUUAAGCAACAGUUCAUUUUUCCGCAAAGGUGUAGUUGGAGACUGGAAAAACCGUUUAACCAUUGAUAUGGCUUCUAAGUUAGACCAGAUAACAGAAGAAAAAUUCCAUGCUUUUGGGUUAUCUAUAUGA